AUGCUGUAAUAUAGGUACAAUUUCAUAACAGACUGCGCAUUAUUCCCCCUUUAACCGCGCGAUGAAAUGUUAUGUAAUCUGCCUUAUGUUUUCGUAUACCUCAAGAAGAACUGGCCCAAAGACCGAAGUAAGAGGAAAGAAAGAAUGUUUCUCAUGACAUUCUUGCUCCCACUCGAAUGUAAUACGUCACCCUUCUCUCCGAUGUUUUCACCGAUGAAAUUACAUAAAUCUGAACCAAAAUUUAGCGACUCGGAAGCAGUUCGCUAACCCACCUCUCAGAUGUAUCGCUAACAGUGAAAGUGCGUGGUACGCGCUCCUCGUCCGCGUAAUACUUUAAGUGAACCACCGUUUCUAUCGUUCCUGGAUAUUGAUAAAUAUCGAGGUGUCUUUCUUUUACGUGUUUUAGGCUUAUCAAACGGAGAAAGAGAAAAAGACAAAGAGAAAGAAAGCCAAGAGAUGCAGUUAAAAGUUUUUUUGUUUGUUCUACUGUUGCGCGCUUCGGUUGCUGUUGAGUUCGAGGACCACUUCAAAAAUUGUCACCCCGAUGUAUCAGGCUUUGACGUCUGCGUGCGAGAAGGAUUGAAUGCGAUUAAACCUUAUUUCAAAACCGGUGUGCCGAAAUAUAAUAUACUCCCGUUUGAUCCCUUUUUUGCCAAAGAGAUAAUUGCUACAAGAGGGAUACCGAAUUUCGGCUUCACUUUAAUUCUUCGAAAUGUCACCGAGACCGGAUGGUCCCUUAGUAAAGUGACAAAAUUCGUUUCUGAUUUGACAAAUUACAAGGUUGUGUACACGCAAAGUUUCCCAGAGAAAUUUCUGAAGGGUAAUUACGAAUUUAAAGGCAAAUUCCUUGGCUCAAGUGUGACCAAUAAAGGGAAAUUCACUCUCGCUUUAUAUGAUCUUAUACAAACAACUACAGUAACUAAAUAUCCAGGACAGAGGUUGCGAGCUCAAAUGGAUGUUCAAUCUAUCAAUGAUUUAAAGCUUCACGUUUCAAACCUUCUUUUUGGCAAGCGAUUUUUUGAGGAAAUCCUUGAUAGAAUAAUUAAUUCUACAUGGCAGCCAAGCUUUGUCUUAACAAGAGGCUUGAUCAAUGAACUCGUUUCAACUGCUUUCACAGAGAUCUUCAAUGACGCCUUUCUUAAUUUUCCAUUUAAGCAGAUUUUUAAAUAAACAUCGCUCAUAAAUUAAACAAAUUAUAACUUUAAUGUGUGCUGCAAUUA